GAUACGCUUUUCUUUACCUUCACACAAUAUCUCAUGUGCUGAGAAAUUCACUCCUUAGCAAAAUAUUUUCUUGUAAAAUAAAAUUGUAAUAAUUUGUAAGCUUCCGCCGUACUUCUCCAAGUUGUAUCUCGCUCUACCUCUACCUUGCUAGGUCCACUCAUUAGAGUGGUAUCAAAGCCACGUUAAGUGGCAACUAGUGAAUUAGUUUGGACGUCCGUGCAAUUUACAUUUAGGCUCGUCAUAUCACAGCCCAGCCCAAAAGACUUGAGUUUAGAUUUUCAAAAUCAUAGUUAGAAGCUGAGCGCAAGCCCAUAAUAUCAUAUCCCAGUCCAAGAAGAAAUGAGUUGGCUACUUGAUAAUGUUGAAGAAAAAGCUACCCACUUGUUCAGUUAAUAUUAUCAUACUCCUUUUCUUUUCUUUUUUCUUUUUUUAUUUUUUUUUAUUUUGCAUUUUCUUCUCUGCAAUUAAUAAAUUGUGUGUGAGUUACACAUUACAUCAAUAAACAAAAUAUAAUGAGAUAUUGAUUUGGCGCAAACUUCAAUCCGGCUGUUUGACUAAUCACUUUUGUCGUUUCCAGCUUGAUUUAAGAAGACGAUUCUGCGAUCGAACAAUCUCUUGGGCAUUUCGUCGAGCAUUUGGAGCACAUAUGUUCUUCUAAGCAGAUUAUGCAAAUCGUUUCAAAUUUGAAGAUUGAAUUCUUUUUACAAUGCACUAUCUAAUCUUUCCAUUAUGAUAUGCAGGUGAAGCCAAAUCAUCAAAAUCAGAGUUUCAAGCCCAAAAAAUUCAGGUUUGGACCAUAUUCGUAGCUUUUUCAAAAAAUGGGGACAUUUUUAGAGAUUACAAUUUUAGUGGCUCUAAGCCAAAGUUGGGAGCAUUUAUCUUAUCUGAACUGUCUCAGUCUCGCAAUAAUGUGGUAAGGAAUGGCCAACCAUCUUAAAUCUAUCAACACUGUGAAAGGAGAAAGUCUGUGUCCAUAUUUAUUGAUUUCAAUUCUCAACUGUGAAUUCAUGAAACAAUAUUGCUCGUCUUCUAAAUAUCAUCUCAUUUUUCAUUCAAAUUCUAUGUGAGCAUUCAUAGACUGAGUUAAUAAGCAUGGCAGCUUAUGGAGCUCUGGUUUCUCUUAUGCAUAUCAUAGAUACCCUCCGAAAACAUCCUUCCCCUCCCAUUUCUAUCCACCCUAAACAGGCAGACUCACUCACCGAAAAGGUCACUUUCCUCGAGAAUUUUCUCGAAAUCUAUAAUCCCCAUCUUGACUACAGCAAAGAGGCCGAUCCACUGGAGAGUAGCAUCGCAGAUGCAGCUUAUGCGGCUGAAGACAUAAUCGAAUCACAUAUCGUGUAUCACAUCAAAACUGAUGGGGGAAAGACCAGCCCCAACUCCUUGUACAAAUCUCUAGAGAAGGUGAUUGGAUACAUGGGUCUGAUUGAGAAAGAAGCCAUGGAAAUCAAACAGACUUUGGGCGUCAAACAUCAGCUGCACACCAAGUCAGCGCCUUCAGAUUCCUCAGAGUCUUCUACCAAUGCAGAUGAUAAGAUUACCAUGGUGGGUGCUGAGGAGGCCUUGCUUGAAAUGAAAGAUAAACUCACUUCUGAUCGCCGUGAUCUACAGAUCAUUCCCAUUGUAGGGAUGGGUGGCUCUGGUAAGACUACUCUUGCCAUGAACAUUUAUCAAGACCGUCUUGUUAAAGAGCAUUUUCAUGUUUCCGCUUGGGUUGCCAUAUCUCAAGAGUAUAACAUUCAAGAAAUGCUCGUACACAUUCUUCGUCAGUUAAAUCAAAAAGUUGGUCAAACAUCGAGUGAGGAAGGUUUAGGAGAAAUCUUGCAUAAAAACUUAUUUGGUAGAAAAUACUUGAUUAUACUUGAUGAUAUGUGGAGUAUUAAGGCGUGGGAUGGGAUUAGGAGGUUUUUACCGGACAACAAAAAUGGUAGCAGAAUAGUGGUAACAACUAGGCUAUCAAACCUGGGUUCUGAUUUAUCCCACUCUAAAAACUUUGAGAUGCGUCUUUUGAAUGUGGUUGAUGGUUGGAAGCUUCUCUCCAAAAUUGUGUUUGGAGAGAAAGUUUGCCCUCCAGAAUUGGUGAAAAUCGGUUGGAGAAUAGUUUUCGGUUGCAAAGGACUUCCAUUGUCGAUUGUUGUGAUUGGAGGACUUUUGACCAAAUCCAACCAUACAAGAGAGAUUUGGUGGUCUAUACAAGAAAACUUGAGUUCAAUAGUGAAUUCAAAUGAUGAUGAAUGGUGUUUUAGAAUAUUACACAUGAGCUAUAAGCAAUUGCCGGUUUAUCUAAAACCGUGCUUUCUCUAUAUGGGAAUUUUUGGUGAAGAUAAGGUGAUUCGUAGAUCAACGCUCAUUAAAUUAUGGGUUUCUGAAGGAAUUCUCAAACCAAAAAGUGGGAAAAGCUUGGAAGAGAUAGCCAAAGUGUAUUUAAAGGAUCUCGCCGAUAGAAAUCUUGUUUUGAUUAAUAAGAUUGGGAUUAAUGGGGAGAUAAAAUGCUGCAAAAUUCAUGAUUUGGUGAGAGAUAUGUGUUUGAAAGAAGUUGAAAAGGAAAGGUUUUAUCAUGUUAUAAGAGAUGAUCUCCCACGCUUAAAUACUCCACGAAUAAAAAGCCAACGUCGUGUUAUUAUUCCAAGGUUGUUAUCAAGUCUAGUCUUGGGAUCUUUUUCAUAUGCUCGUUCCUUAAUAUGUGACUAUGACGACUAUGGGGAAGUUCGACUGCCUCACAACCUAAGAUUGUUGAGGACACUCAAAGCAUAUGAUGUAGAUACCGAUAUUAUGAAUGGUGCUUAUUUCUUUGAUAAUGUGUUUGAAUUGGUGAACUUACGGUACCUUGCUGUUAGAGUUCAUCCUGGGUCCAAAUUCUCUACUUCGAUUGAUCUGCUUUGGAAUCUACACACAUUGACUAUUCGUUGUUCGCGUGGUCUUAUUGCACCGAAUGAAAUUUGGAAAUUGCAUCAACUUCGGCAUCUUGAGUUUACGCAAUACAGAUUGAGUCUCCCAGAACCUCCUAUUGACGACAAUGACAUUGUUAUAAUGGAGAACCUGCAUACACUCAAAGGAGUGAAGAAUUUGGUUUUGAAUGAGAAGGUGGUUAAAAGAAUUCCCAAUGUGAAGAAAUUGUAUCUUUGGUACAAUAUUGCAGAAAUGAAGGGGAAUAACUAUCUCAGCAAUCUUGAGUGUUUGAGUAAAUUGGAAAACUUCCACUGCUACCUCAACAAUGCACAUGAUGUGCAUUGGCAGGGCAUUAGGUUCCCACACUCCCUCAAAAAGUUGUCUGUCAUUGUCGCCUGGUCUGCCCAUUAUGCUCUGAACUUGGAAGAUAUAAUGUCAGAAAUCAGUUCAUUGCCCCUUCUUGAGAAGUUAGUUUUAAAUAGUGGUGUCUUCAAAACAAGCAAGUGGGAAACAAUUGAAGGCCAGUUUCCAAGCCUCAAGUUUCUACAUUUGGAAAGUUGCUAUGAUUUAGUAGAUUGGAUUGUAUCAGACAACUCUCACUUUCCACAUCUGCGAGGGCUUCAUCUUCGUGGGUUUCGUCAACUGAAGGAGAUACCAUCUGCAGUUGGAGAAAUAGCAACGUUGAAAUCAAUUGAAUUGGAAUCAUGUAGUGAAUCAGCGGUGAGGUCAGCUAAAAAGAUAGUAGAGGAACAAGAAGAUUUAUAUGGAGACCAACUAGACCUUCAUGUUCGUGUCAAAGUUUAUAAGGAUCAAGAAAAACUGAAGAGCUUGGCAACUGCCAACUUUGAAUUUGUAUAGUUGUAGAUAAAAAGUAGACUUGAUCUCGUGUAGCAUCAAAGAGUACCCUGUUGUUGGACCUCACUUCCUCUUCUCAUCUCAUCUCAUUUCAUCUCAUGUACAAGGCGGUGAAGAUGUGAGGGGGAGAUGCUGCUAUCUGGAACCACACUCGAAGUCUCCCUUGCAUACGUUUGAGAGCUGUCGCCAGUCAGUUGUUUGAGCAGCACCUUCUAGUACAGCAGGAUAGGAGUAGGAUUUUAUAUUGGCUUUGUUCUAAAACAAUGGGUUGGACUUAAUCGUCAUGGGCUUGGGCUAUAAUGUAUUCCAGAGACAACACUUGGAGCGAUUCGAGACUAACGCGUGGAGCGCGCUUUUGACAACACGGUGGUCCAUAGGCUGGUAAUUAGAGAACUUUAAAUCCAUGAUGAAAAGAAGGAAAUGGAAUCUCCACAGAAAAUAUUAGUUAAAUGAUGGUAGCAACUUCCAAGACGCCUCAUUUGUUUAAUUCUACAGCAUCCCUUUUGAGAAUUCAGAAUCACCAUCUCCUUUUCAUUCAUCUUCUUCUCUAGACUGAACAACACAAGAUUCAAAAUCAUGGCUGCUUAUGCAGCUCUGGUUUCUGUUAUGAAUAUCAUGGAUACCCUUCAUCUUCAUCCUCACCCUCCCAUCUCUCUCCACCCUAAACAGGCUGAGUCUCUCACUGAAAAGAUCACUUUCCUCCAAAAAUUUCUCACUAUUUAUAAUCCCCAUCUUGACUACAGCAGAGAAGCGGAUCCAUUGGAGAGUCACAUUGCAGAUGCAGCUUAUGCAGCUGAAGACAUCAUCGAAUCCCAUAUUGUGGAUCAAAUCACAAGUGAUGGAGGAAUAAUCAGCCCCAACACCUUAUACGAAGCUCUAGAGAAGGUGAUCGGAGAUAUGGAUUUGAUAAUGAAAGAAAUUGUGAGAUAUGGAUUUGAUAAUGAAAGAAUAAUCAGCCCCAACACCUUAUUGAAGGCUUGUCGGGAUCUAGAAGAUUGGAUUGUGCCAAACAGCUCACACUUUCCGCUUCUCCAAAAUCUCUGUCUGACUAAAGUGGAUCAACUGAAGGAGAUCCCAUCAGAGAUUGGAGAAAUAGCAACAAUGAAGUCAAUUUCUUUGCGAUAUUGCAGUGAAUCAGCGGUGGUGUCGGCUAAAGAUAUAAUAGAGGAACAAGAAGGUUUAUAUGGAGACCUACUAGACCUUCGUGUUCGAGUUGUGGUUAAGCAUGAACAAGAAGAACUGAAGAGGUUGGAAAGUGCCAACUUUGAAGUAGUAGAGAUAGACUUCGCACAUAGCAUGAAAGAAACAAUGAAUUGGUUGGGAAGUCCCAUCUUUGAUGAUGAACUAUUAAGUUUUUUAGAUAGCAUACAAGAGGAAGAGAUAGUAGAGGAACAAGAGCAUUUAUGAGGGUAUGCUGAGAUUAAUGCUUAUCACAAGAGUGUGUUUUUGGUUUUGUUUUGAUCUUAGAUUUUAUUGGCAAAAUGUUUCCUUUGGUGAGAUACUAAAUCCAAUAGUGGGUAUGUAAUUGUGUUUGUGUGGAGUGAUGGGAUGGUUUUGUAUGA